CGAAACUGAAGGUAUAAAUUUUUGCGAUGGACAAAAUGUUUUCAGGCGAGAUCGCGGAUACCAGACUUUAACGGGUAUUGAUGAGCGUGACGAGCUACUAUUGUCUCUUGCUUUGCAAGGCAUUGUUGUACAUGAAUUAUUCGCUGACCCUGAUAAUAAAAUUCAUGACUUUUUACAUUAUUGGUUGCUGAUUGCGUCCCGGACCGAUCGCUGCUUGAAUUAUACAGUGACACAGAAUCUCGUCAGAUCGAGUGUUCUGCUUCUGGAAGCAAGAAAACUUCCAGACAGAGCUUUUGAGCUGUUGAAUGGCGAGCUCGAAAAGGCAUGGGUGAAAAAAGACGUGCUUAUUUCACGGUACAUCUGUGAAAUAAUCCGUUUGGCCAGUGCUCAUCGUGAUGAAGCUCGACGAGGCAAUUGGCUUUUCAAAAUACUGCAUAAAAUUCUUUCGUUGCCGCUCUCGGAAUUGCAGGAAGAAGAAUCUGGUAUGAUGAUAACACUGAAUAGUGUAAUCUCAGCAAUUAUGGAAGGUGGAAGCAGCGAUGCGGAACUUUUGGUUGACGCAUUAUUCUCCCAUCCAGCAUUCAGGUAUCGUUGA